CGUCAAUGUUACCAGCACUUGAGGACAUAAUACAGCCAGCUAUCUCACUUGUACGGGAUUUUCGUGACUUCAGAACCCAUGCAGUGUAUACAGUAGUAAUAUUGGGAUAAACAAGAAGUUGUUUCCGUCAUUUUCUGUGUGAGGAAAGACCACAGGAACAGGAAAAAUAAGGUUGAGUGAGGAGGGUCGCGCCGGGCUGUGGUGGCAGCGUUGUGAUGGCCGCAGCGGCAGCCUGACGUGAGUGUAGCUGUUGUUGAGUCUGCACCAUGGCCGCCGCGCCCGCCGUCGCUAUGAAAGACCCCAGGACUUUCUUUACACAGGGCACAGCCGCUCAGUUUGACUAUGUGUUCAACUUAUACGAGGAGGCGGUGAAACUGAAGGCAGAGCAGAAAAAUAAGAAGCCUGAGGAGUUCUUAAAGCUGGACAAAUGGUACCAGAAGGAGCUGCCCAUGAGGAUAAAGGCUCGGGGGAAGGAAGCUCACCUCACUCAUGAAGAGUUAUGUCUCUGUAUGAAGUGGAAACUCUCGCGAGGAAAAUUUUCUCCAAGAUUAAAAGAUUUAAUUCAAAUGAACACCCCUCGCCUCUGUAUUUCUGAAACCAAAAAAGCUUUCCGCCAGCUGAUGAAGAGAGAAGACCUACUAUCUGCCAUCCAAGCCUUAUGUAACCUGAAAGGUGUUGGUCCAGCAAUGGCCUCCACAAUCUUGACAGCUGGCAACCCCGAGCUCUGUGGCUUCAUGGCCGAUGAGUGCCUCUUGGCAAUCCCUGAAAUAGAAGGUAUUGACUACACUACAAAAGAACUCCUCAACUUUGUAGAACAAUUGAAAGCAGCAGCUAAUAGAUUAAAUAGAGAAGGUUCUGAACAUCAGUGGAACCCUCACAAGGUUGAAAUGGCACUGUGGGCUCAUUUUGUGCUUGGAGAGCUGAAGAAGGAGUUGCUUGAUGGAAUGCCUGGGGGAUCCAGUGUUACCCCAGCUCCAUCCUCCGCACAGCAGCCAGCAGAGAAUGGAGACACACAAUCCCAGUCACCACAGAAGACAAAGAAUGGAGACUCAAACCCAGAAGAGAGCAAUGACUCCAUGGAUUCUGCCUUUGCUAAUAAGGAAAAUCUAACUGCAAACACCAAUGGCACCUCAGAUGCAGAAAAUAGCAGAGCUUCUGUCAUUUUAAAUUGUGAGGACACCAAUGACUCUGUGGCAGUGUCUGAGGCACCUAGUGAGGCUCUUUCUGAGGCACCCAGUGAGCCUGUGUCUGAAGCCCCCAGUGAAACCAUCAGUGAGUCUGACACCCAAGACAUCCCUGGCACUGCCACCUCCACCCACCCCACAGAUAGCACUGAUGAACCAGCACAGAAGAAAGUUAAGGUGGAUGAAUAGUAUGUGAAGUGUGGAAACUUGUGUACUCUGGUAACACCUGUAUGUGGAGUGAGGUGGCUUGCAUAUUAUAUUACCACCUGAAUGUGGGGUGCAAUGGUCUGCAUACUAUUACACCACCUGAAUGAAGACUGCGGUGGUUUGUGCAUUCUUUUACCAGUUUUCAUGUCCGAAUGUUCCCCCUUCUCCCCCAUUCUCUCUCUCUCUCUCUCUCUCUCUCUCUCUCUCUCUCUCUCUCUCUCUCUCUCUCUCUCUCUCUCUCUCUCUCUCUCUCUCUCUCUCUCUCUCUCUCUCUCUCUCUCUCUCUCUCUCUCUCUCUCUCUCUCUCUCUCUCUCUCUCUCUCUCUCUCUCUCUCUCUCUCUCUCUCUCUCUCUCUCUCUCUCUCUCUCUCUCUCUCUCUCUUGCUUUCUCUCUCUCUCUCUCUCUCUCUCUCUCUCUCUCUCUCUCUCUCUCUCUCUCUCUCUCUCUCUCUCUCUCUCUCUCUCUCUCUCUCUCUCUCUCUCUCUCUCUCUCUCUCUCUCUCUCUCUCUCUCUCUCUCUCUCUCUCUCUCUCUCUCUCUCUCUCUCUCUCUCUCUCUCUCUGGAUGGGCCCAGGAACACUGCCAGGGCUCUUAUAGGGAUGUAACACUGUUGUGACUCAGUCUGACCCACCAACCAACCUGCAUCCAGAAGUUUGAAUCCCCCACCCAUGUGCACUCAUGUAGCAUACAUUCCAAGAGUUUUUAUCAUGAAGAGAUACCUAUUUUCUACAUACGUUCCUUUGUACAUCUUGUUUGACAUAGCAAUGGUUUGAUGCAAUGAAUCCUUGAUUAGGUUUCUAGUUCCCUCCUAACAGCUGAAUGACAAUCAUCCACUUGCAAAUUGAGAGAUUGUCAUUUUUGGCAUUUGUAGCAGGAUGAAUUGAUGUAUUUUAAUUAUGACAUGAUGGAACAAAGUUGUGAGCUAUUCAUCUCAUCAAGAAUUCAUAUGUUUGACCAUCUACAUAGUUCAGCUGUGCCUCUGGAGGGGUGUUUUCUCUGCAUACCCAGCUGAGGAUGUAGACUACCCUUAAUUGAGUGUUUUAUUUACAGUUUGUAUUUUUUAUAUGUAUACAUAAGUAUUUUAACCACUUUUGUCAUUUUAUGAAGUCUGCGCAGGGUCGGGUGGAUUUUAGGUGGUGCAACACAUUUGUAUGCAUCAUGUUCAUUGCACUAAGGAUUUUUUCCCACUUAACUGUCCACUGCCACUCAGUGAUUACUGUCACAUCAUUCAUUACCAUUUGUAAUUAUAUUCAAAGGUUUAAAUAAUGGCAGAAAAUUUCUUGACAUUUUUAAGAAUUGCACUAUCACAACAGUGUUACAACGUCCAGGACCCCACAUCACCAGGAAUUAGUCUCAGUAGGCCUUGCACAGUGAGUUCUUGCCUGACUAAAUUUUUUGUUGUAUUUAUUUUCUGCAAAUUGAGUGAAGAAUGGGCCUGGGGAACGUUUCCUGAGUUUUAAACAAUUAGUUAUUAGGGCACUUUUUUUGUUGCAAUUUGGGAAAGGAAAAUGAACAAAAUGUUAAGCAAGGACUUACUGGAUUUACACCAUUGGAUUAUUUUAUUUACCAUUGGCUUAUUUCAAUGAUCUUAGAUAUUACAAGAAUUUGUAUUUAAUCAAUUUUUGGAGUGUUAGUAUAAUUGAUUCAUGCUCCUUGUAUUUCAUCUUUCAUAAACAUGUACUUUUGGGUAUGUUUUGUUUGGUAUUACAAAUGUCAAGGAAUUUCGUAUGGGUACAGUAAUUUUGGGGAUCCCUCACUCAUUCUGCUCCACACCAACUUUCAGGUCUCUGCAAUAAGCAUGAAUGUAUAAUAAUUUAGCCAGAGCAUAGCUGCACGUCACUAAUUUGCAAUGUUCAGAGACAAUUUGGGUGACAGGAAAAUGACAAGAUGAUGGCAAGCAUUGAUGGCAGUGAAUAAGGUUUGCUAAGUGACUGCGGUAAGAGACCAAGUGGCGAGACUUUAGUUUGUAAGAGGUUAAAACACAUCUAUGGUUUGUUUGAACGAUCUUAAGUUUCUAGGUAAUCUAGUGCAUUACCUUUUCAUCAAAAUCAGAAAUUUGAAUUGAACCUCUUGAAAUAUCAACCCAAAGCUAUCUAGAUGGCUAGAUAAAUGGUAAUAACAUCUUAUCCUUUUGACAAUCUAAGGUUUAAGAAAUUUGAGUAAUAAGGAGUAAUUUAAGGUGUCAUUUUAUAAGGGAUUUUCUUAUAUUUAAAAUGAUGACUGAAGAAUAUAUUUUUUCUUUUGAUGUACAAACUUUUCAAGUGAGUGAGGAAGAAAACAUUGGAGCACCCAUUUUGCUAUGUAUACAUGGCAUCCUUAUGCUGCUCCACACCUCAGGCUGCCCCUCCGCUAUACAUCUCUAUUUAUUCAAGUUCUGUAUUUAUUUUCAGUUUUACUUCCCAGUAAAUAUUGUAUUUUUGUGACUGGUACUGCAUUCUUUUGUAGAACAAGGGCUAAAUAUUGGCAUAUAAUACAAUGCCAGCUCCAGCUGUGAGGGAGACAUUGAGCGGGUCAUAGUAAGCUAUUCAAUUCAGGUGGAGGAAGGUUGUGCACCUUUGAUGGGAAGAUAGGUCUGAUGGAGGGGUGUUUGAAAAGCAUUCAUGCCAUUACCAGAGGCUUCAGCAGCCAGGCAAGUUGCAUAUUAGUGCCUCAUGGACUUUAUGUCAGCAAGGAAAGAAGUUGGCAGAGGAUCUUAUUAUUUUUUUAUUAAUUAUUUAUUUUAUUUGUAUUUAUUAUUUUUAGCAGGUCCCAUGCUGACUCCCCUUCAUUCCUUCCCCAAGACUAUCACUUAACAUUCCCCUUCUCUUCGUUACUUUACUCUUCUUCAUUUGCACCUCAUUCCCUGUAACAUUUCCUCCCUUGCCUUUUCAUGGCAAGGAGCCAUGGAACUGCCCAGAUAUUUGCUUGUCCUGCCUGCUGGGUGUGAUUUACAUGCCAUUAUUAUUUUGCAAUCAUUUGAACCUAAGCAGUAUGUCUACAAGCUGCCAUUAAUCAAAGUUUGUUUUACUACUUGUGAAGUGUAAAUAAGCACAUUAGAAGCCACAGUACACUCAAGUUGGAGCAUAGGGAUUUAAUUCACCAGAAUCUUUGAUUUGGGGCUUUACUAGUUAAGUUUUAUUAAUGACUGUAGUUUGACCAUUAAACUUAUGGAUGGUAUUUAAAAAAUAAAAUUUUAUUUCUUCACAAUGAUUAGUUUAUAGUGUGGGUUGGAAGACUUCUGGCUUCUCUGGCUCCAUUAAGCUCUGUCACUUUCCUCCCAUAAAGAUAUCCUGCCUUGUAUAGUCCCAUGAAAAAAUGCUUAUUUUUCUAUGUCAGAUCAUGAGAGGACGGCAGCAAGAGCACCGUCCCAGCAGCAUAACCCAAGCUCUGUCUCCUGACCCCUUGCCCUUCCCAACCUGACCCUCUCUCCCGCUCUGCCCUGCCCACUCCCUAUCACCAAACCCUGGGAGAUCAUUGAUCAUUGUGGGUCUGGAAAUCAUCAUCAUCAUCAUUGUAGGUAGUUGUAGGUGUCAUUAUUAUUUAAUCAGUAGACUUGCACACAAAUACCUGAACUUCAGGCCUUAGGGCUGUACAGCUGUGCUUCCCUGGCCUUACUUCAACCAAUUAUUACUGAACAAUGAAAACCUUAUUAUUAAUGAAUAAUAAAUAAAUAAAAAAAAUAAAAAAAACUGGAGUGAAUGCUACCACAGAUAUGGCCUUACACAACAGGAAGAUUUGGUGUUUUAGUAUAUUCUAUUUCAGUUUUAAUGUGAUAGAAUUAGUUCAAAUAAAGGAUUCACACCAGAA